UGUGUGUGUGUUUUGUUCAAAUAAUGAAUAUGUUUGUGUGUCUGCGCAGGUGACAACAGUGGACAGGUUCCAGGGUCAGCAGAAUGACUACAUCAUCCUCUCACUGGUCCGCACCAAAGCCGUGGGACACUUGAGGGAUGUGAGGCGUCUGGUGGUAGCCAUGUCAAGAGCCAGACUGGGCCUGUACAUUUUUGCCCGGGUGUCGCUGUUCCAAAACUGCUUUGAGCUGACUCCUGCCUUCAACCAGCUUACUGCCAGACCUCUGCAGCUGCACAUCAGACCGCAUGAAUACUACAGCCAGGAACAGCCUAGAGAUGCUUCUGGACAACCAGAUCAAGUCAUCAAGAACAUGCCGGAAAUGACCAACCUGGUGUACAACAUGUACAUGCACAUGAUCCAGACAUCCCAGAAGUACAGACAGCAGCAACAACAGAAACUGGCUCUUCCUCCUCAACAAACCAAAACAGACACUGUGGUCGAGAAAGUGCCAGCUAGCUCUGGGGAAGCGCAGGAAGAAACCCCCAUGGAGCAGGAAAACCCAGAAGGAGAGGCAAGCUUGGAACCAAACUCGGAGGACACCAGUGAGAAGAAGGAAAAUCAAGAUACAGUGGACCAUGCUAAGAUGCCAGAGCAUCCCGGCAGAGACAGCGACAGUGACAGUGACGGGGAGGACAGUGGAAAAGAGCAAGAGCAGUAGAGCGUCCACAUGUGGGACUACUGACUAAUUGAGGGGACCAAGUGGACUGUCCCUUAAGAAAACAUUAGUGGGGUGAUGAUUUCAUUUUCUACUGAAAGGAGAUCCCAGUGAUUAUGUUGCUUUCAAUUUUAUAGAACAUUUGUAACUAUCAGUACUUUCAUAUUAAAAAAUGGAAAUCCUU